AUGGCAGGCAGUGCUGGGGCCAUGGCGUCUAGACAUGGUGUUGAAGUGAUCCCGUUAUCUCAACAAGACACCAUGAAGACUGAACGCACCAAGGGAGAGCUCGCUGAUAUGAGAGACACUGGGAACCUGGGGCAGAAUCAGGCAGAGCAUCUGACUCCCUCUCCUGAGAGGACUCCCUUUUUUAUCCUCUCCUCCACUGUCAGAAACAGAUUUGGGCUCGAAUGGCCUGGGAGGGUCCACACCUGCUGCUUCCACCUGUGCUGCUGCUGCUCCUGGCCUCAGGGCGCCGUGCCUGAAGAACUUCACAAACACCCAGGACAGACCCUCCUCCUGCAAUGCCAGUACUCACCCAAGACAGGACCCUAUCAGUCCAAGACCUGGUGUCAGUAGACAUCUCCAGAUUGGUGUACCAUACUUGUCAGCAGCUCCAAGCCCCGGACAGCAGUUCAGAAGUCUUGUUACACAAUCUGGGAUGAGCCCGACACUGGCUUCUUUAACAUCACCAUGAUUCAGCUGACACAGAACGACUCUGGAUUCUACUGGUUUGGAAUUUACAACACUUCCAAAAAUGUCAUCACUGUUCUUAGAGAUAUCAAUCUGGUGGUGUCUCAAGCCCCAACAACAUCUCCUAUGUGGACCUUCCCCUGGCUCGCAACAAGCACGGUUCUGAUCACUUCUCCAGAGGGGACCUCUGGCCAUCCCUCCAUCAAGGGCUCUGAGACCAGGAAAUCAAGUUCCCCCACCUGCCUUGGCUCAGGUGGCCCCAGUUUGCUGGUCUCUGUGCUGUGUGGACUCCUCACGGCCAAGGGCCUGAUGCCCUGA